AGUUUAGUCUUAGUGCGCUAUGGCUAGGCUCGGGCGGGAUCUUGUUACCCCUGCGCUCGCGCUUUUAUUAGUAUUACUCACCUCUGACCUCGCUUACUCUCAAGAUAAAUGUCGAUCUGGAUGCCAGGGAGCAUCGAAAACGUUCAAAUAUGCCGACGGUACAACGUACAAAUACAAUCUAGAAGGUAAUAUAGACAUAUCACUCUCCAGCGCGGAGGGUCAACAAACUACUACGAAACUUAAAGCUACAGUACUUUUGACCCAACUUCCGGAAUGCAAUCAACUCCUUCGACUAAAAGACGUCCAAGUUAUUGGACCCGAAGCAAAGAAAUAUUCUCAUUUGGUCGGAAUUGAGAAGCCCAUUCGUCUCAAUUUUCACGACGGCCAUGUCGAGGAUGUCGUCUGUGCAGAACCAGACGACAACCAAAACUCCCUUAACAUCAAGAGAGCGGUCGCAUCACUAUUCCAAGCCUCACCGAAACAUUCGUACGAAACCGAUGUGUUUGGAGUUUGUCCAACUGAUGUGAACAGUCGAGAUGAUGGAGGCGUGGUAGUGAUCCAAAAGAGCAAAAACCUGAACAAAUGUGGACAACGUGAAAGUCUCAGCAACGAAUUCCUUAGCACCACCUUCAACCUCAACAGCGAAAUCAAGUCAAGUCCCCUUUUGGACGGCGAUUACACGUCAGAACAGCACAUAAAGAAUGGAAUUUUGGAGAAGGUUUUGGUGACAGAGAACUACCUCUACUUGCCCUUUUCAAUUGGUAAAAAUGGGGCCCAGGCAAGCAUAACAACAAAACUCCAGUUGGUAGGCCAAAGCAAAGAAAAUCCGGGGAGCAAAGUGAGCGAACCCAAAUCCAUCAUCUUCGAGAAUCCUCACCCAGUUAGUACCGAAAAGGUCAACUUGGACUCGAUCUUGAACGCAUUGAAAGAUGCCACAAACACAAUCGGUCAAACUGUGAAAGAAAACUCUGCCAACGAGUACAUCAAUCUGGUAAAAACUUUGAGAGUUUCGAGCAAGAACGACAUCCUCGCGGUUUAUCGUCAAGUAAAAGCUGGUGCAGGAUUCCAGGACAAAGUGGGUGCAAAGAGAGUGUUCUUGGACGCCCUCUUCAGAGCCGGAACAGGCGAAACUAUCGAAGUUGCCAUCGAACUUUUGAAAAACAAAGAACUAACUCCGUUAGAACAGAAAAUCCUGUACAUCCGUUUGGCCUUUGUUAAACACGCGACCCCGGGAUCGCUCAAUGCGGCUGCAGCUCUGCUGGACCAAGCGCAACUUCCACGGGAAGCAUACUUAAGCAUAGGUUCCAUUGCUGGCAUCUACUGUCGCCAACAUUCAUGUUCAAAAAUUGACGCCAUCAACAAGUUGUCGCAAAAACUUUUGGCGAAAGUCAAAGGUGGAAAACCCCAAAACCGUGACGAAGAAAAAGAACAAUUGUACGCCCUGAAAGCAUUAGGAAACAUCGGUACCCUUAUCGAUUCCGUUUCCGCAAGAUUAAUCGCAAUCGCCCAGGACAAAAAAGAACCCAACAGAGUACGCGUGGCAGCCCUCGAAACCCUUCUGACCGACGCUUGUAAGGACAAAAUCAGAGAUGCGGCCGUUUCAAUUCUAAAGGACAUCCAACAGGAUUCUGAGAUCCGCAUCAAGGCUUACUUGGUAUUGGCUCAAUGUCCAAACGGCAAAGUGGCCACCGCUCUAAAAGCAUUGCUGGAUACCGAACCCAGCUAUCAAGUUGGAGGUUUCAUCACAUCUCAUCUUCGUAAUCUAAAAGCAACCACAAACCCAGAUAAGGAACUUGCCAAACAACAACUUAGCAACAUCGUCCCUCCGAAUAGGUUCCCAUUCGACAUCAGAAAAUACUCUUUCAAUUCUGAAUUCUCUUACGCUAUAGACACAUUGGGCCUUGCUAAUUCGAUAGAAUCGAACGUAAUUUACUCACAAAGUUCCUUCUUGCCAAGGUCUUUGGACUUGAAUUUGACCGCAGAUCUUUUCGGACACACUUUCAAUUUCCUAGAAGUGUCCACGAGACAAGAGAAUUUGGACAAAGUUUUGGAACACUACUAUGGACCUUCUGGAGUCUUCAGAACCACCGAACCCGAAGAACUUUUCGCGAAAGGCAAGGAUACUGCUAAAAACCUGUACGACACCUUCAACGAGAGGUACGCGAAACUUCAGAGGAGCAGACGCGACGUGCCUAAAGCUGAGGUGGACAAAAUCGAAAAGGACAUCAGAAUUAAGACCAACGAACUGAACACUGACGUUGACGUGGACUACAGCAUCAAACUGUUUGGAUCAGAAUUACUAUUCGUCAACGUGUAUGAAAACGUUGAUAAAUUCAAACCUGAAGUUCUUAUCGAAAAAUUCUUCGACCAUUUAGAACUUGGCAUUGACAAGACGAAAAACUUCCAGGAGUCCAUCCAAUCCAACGUCCUCUUCUUGGACACCGAACUCAGUUAUCCGACAUCUCUUGGUUUCCCCUUACGUCUGGCUGUUGACGGUGCUUUUUCGGUCUUGUUCAAAGUUGAAGGAAACAUCGAUCUCCAAUCCCUCAUCAGCAGCACUGCCGACAAACACUUGAAACUCAAACUCAUCCCCAGCGCGAACAUCGAAGUUGCUGGAAGUCUAUCUAUCGACACCCAAGUUGUCGAAAGUGGGCUAAAAGUGAAAUCUUCCUUGUACACUGCCACAGGAACCGACCUGUCAAUCGAACUUAGUAAACUCAAAGGUAUCGACGUUAAGUUUUCAUUGCCAGUAAAAGAACAAAAGAUCGUUUCUGCCAACCACCAGAUCCUCUUCAAGUCCCGCGAACUGGGAAAGAAGGAGGUUACCAAACCCCUCAAGUUCACUCAUAACAAGGACUUCUCCAUCUGCUUCGAUAAUGUUUCACCCUACAUAGGACUAACAUUCUGCGCCGAUAUCGACAGCCCAUCCCAGACGGGAAAACAGGCUCCUCUCCUACCUUUCCCAUUCAGUGGAAACGCGAAAUUUAGCGUAGGAAUAGAACGGGAAGAUUUGUCUGAAUACCAUUUAAGGAGCACACCAUACGCGGGUGAAUCGAACAAGAACGGAUUGGACUUUGUCUUCGAAGUCCUUGGCGAAAAGAGGGAUCGCAAGUUGAGCGUUGAAGCGGAGGCUUUCCUCUAUCCGGAAGCUUACGUUCGAGGCGCCAUCACAGCACCACAGAAAACCCUCUCAGCAGAAGCCCGAAUUAUAAAUAGCAACAAUGAGAAGUCGAUUUUGGGAAAAUUACGUCACGACAAUGAAGAAUUCUACGCAAAAGCUGGAGUUGCUGUCAGCGGCUCUCCUCAAAGACAAGUGUACAAGCCUCUUCUGGACUACAAAUUACCCGGAGGUCAACAGGCACAACAAGGAACCGUAGAAGGAACUGUGGUGGUAGAACAAGGAGGUAGCAACGUCAAAUACAUCUUCAACGACGUCAAACUUCUUCUCCCCAAUCAAAAGAACGUCCUCCUCAAAGGAAGCGUGGCACGCGAAAAUUCGAAAUAUAUUUCCGACAUAACAGUAUCUGACGGAGAAAAAGACGCUUCCCUUAAGGCCAAAGUACAGCUAGUUCCACAAUUUACACUGGACGCAGAAUUCAAGAACAGCGUUAACCCGCAAGCGAACGUAAAUCUCAAGGCGGCAUUCAAGAAGACCCCAACGGAAGUAGAGACCUCCCUGGAGCUCGUCCACGGUCACGACCUCAACUCGAAAACCAACAAGCUCGUCAUCUCCAGCAAUUCCGAGUACAAAUUCAAAGACUACCAAGAUUACAAGUUCAAAUCCGAAGGUAAAUUCUCCUAUCCACUGAUUGGAACAGAGGCCACUGGCGAAAUCGAAACGUCUCCCAAAAAGCUCAAGUACGACGUCGACCUGAAGUACAAUAAAGUGAAUAUUGGAUCCGAGCUGGAACUCGAAGUUUCGCGUAAAGAAGUGGGCGAUUACGAUUUAGAAUUCGAAAUCUACGGGAUGGGAAACAAACUCGAAAUCAAAUCGCAACACGACAUCAACGGUGACGAUUCAAAAAUUGAAAACGAAGUUGAAUUGAACGGCAAAAAGGCCGAACUCAAAGGAACCAUUAAGCAUCACUUCAAACCGGACGAUAUCGACAUUGGAGCCAAUUUGGUACUGAAAGUACCCAAUCUCAAAGAAGCAGUGAAAUUCAACGGUGGCUUAGUUUUGAACCCGGACAAGGCCGAUGCUGUUCUCAAAGUUUCGGCAGGUGGCAACAUCAACGCCGAUGUACUCCUAAAGGCAACCAAGGAUGGAAACGCCAAUGGGAAUCUCAAGGUAUUCGUUAAAGAUUUCAUCGAGGCCAACGGUCAACUGAAGGCUAGCAAGGGAUCGGGAACAGCUAACGUGGUAGUCGACAUUCAAAAGCUCAACAAGAAACUAAAAGCUGAUUCGACCUUCAAAAUAUCCGACCCUAUUUACAACGUCGUUGUACACCUUUACCCCGACGUAAACAAGGACCCCCAGAACAAGAUCACAUUCUCCACCGAAAGCAAACUAACUCCAACUUUAAUUGAUACAAAGAACUACGUUGAAGCCGCAGGCAAAAGACUUGAAGGCAAUGUGAAAGCUGCAAGAGAACAAAGUCCAGGACACGAAACAGGCGAACUUCAGGUCGAAAUCACCUUACCAACCGACCAUUACUACUUGCUGAAGAUCAACAGAAACAUCAAAACCGUAAAUGACAUCAUCAACGGACAAGGUGUUCUGGUGUUGGAAUCGCGUGAAAACAAAAACGCACCAGGACUUAAAAUCACCAGCAAAGGCGUGCUGAAAGACAGUAAUCCUAAGAAGCACAUCAUCGAUUACACCAACAACAUAGUUAUUGAUCUGCCGCAAGGAAAAUCAGUUAACGCUGACGUUGCCGUUAAACAUUCAGGCCAUGAGGAGAAAAAAGUCAGCGAAGCUAGCUUAAAGGUUUCCGGUUCCGCUUUGCCGCAUCCUGUUGAAUUGAGUACCAGUGCGCAGUAUAAGGAACGAGUAGGAAAUUACAAGAUCGUCGGAAAAUGCGGUAGUCAAUCGUCGAUUUCAGUCUCAGGAAAUUACGAUCUGUAUGGUCAAGGCAAACCAGUUAGUGGAGAUAUCAAUGUCGAAGUAAUAACUCCGAACGCCAUAAUAAGAAACGUCAGAUUGAGCAGUUCUGGACUCGCCAAAAAACCAGAAACUCCUGAAGAUCAUUUGGAACUUAAAGGGAAAUUUGCCCUCUUCAUAGACGACGAUGGCAGCAAACCCGAUGCCACACUAGAUGUCAAAACAGAAGGUGAACUCCAAUUCGGCAGAAGAGAUGGCAAACUUCAAGGUACCCUCAACUUCCAAAAGGAACCUCCAAUUUCGGUUGCUUUUGGAUACGGAAUUUCUGAUGAACAAGAGCUGAAAAAAUUGAACGCAAACUUGGAACUGAAAACCGGAAAAGGUCGUGAUGUCAAGACCGACAUAACCAUUUCCAAAGAAAAAGAAAACGAAUAUGUUCUCGACUUACUCCUUGACGCACCGGAAGCCAGAGGAAGUAAAUUCCAUUUUUACAACAAAAAAUCGUCGGACGGCAAAGUUCAUAAAAACGGCGGAACCGUAGAAGUAAAUGGUAAGAAAUACGUCAUAGCCAACGAAUUGGUCCUGUCGGACAUCACGCCAGUUUUGGACUUGUCGCUCCAAUUUCCUGACGGCAAAAAGGACGAAAUCGUCCUGAAGAUCAACACUAUAUCAUCGAACAAGGGAAGUGGACAAAUCAAGAUCGCAAUCCCCCGCAAAGAUUUCUUGCUAGAAGGAGACGUAGACGCUUACGUCGAAAGUCCAGACAAUUUCAACAUCAAGGGAAACAUCAACUCGCCAACUUUGAAAAUCAACAAAUAUGCCUUCGAGGCUCAAACGAAAGCUGCAAAAGGCGGAAAUCGCAUACUUGUGUCACUUUCUUCAGACGGUCAAAAUAUUUUAAGUGGAAGCACCAGUUACAAACAUCGUGUUGAAGGAGACAAAACAAUCGUCGAAGGGGCCGGAUCGUUCAAACUUAAGGAAGAAAACAAGGCAGCUAACUUCAAGUUUAUCAGGCAAAGUUUGGACGCCGCGAAAUACGGCGAACAAGGAAUCCAAGUUUCCUUCAACGGAGGUCUUGGACCCAAGGCAAUCGACGCCGAACUCAAAUUGACAAACAAACAAUUCAAAGUGCUCAACUCGUACUGCGAAGAGAAGAAACAAUGCUCUCACAUUGAACUUGAUUCUAAGAUCACACAAAAUGAUGUUUCGAUAUUCAAUCACGAAAUCGAGAUCGCAAUCGAUCUGCGUAAUUUGGGCUUCCCCCACGAAUUCGGACUGAAAGGUGUCACAACUCGUAAAGACCUUGUGUUCGUCCACACCGUCGACAUCCAUUUGCAAAACAAGAACAACAAGUACCAGUACAGCGUUUACGUUCAACCAACCGAAGCUGGUGUUACCCUAACAACACCGAAACGUGUUGUUUCGGCCGAAGCCAAACUGCAAAAGGAAAAGGGUAAACUCGUACCAAUCAAAGGAGAUAUCAGCUUGUACUUUGACAAGAAAAACCAACCGAAUCAGAAAACAUCGCUAAGCGGAAUUUUGAACUACGACCAUAGUAAAGACAGCGGUAAUGUACAUGCCGAAGUGAAAUUCACGAACCCAUCCCUUGCCAAAGACCUUCAGGUCCUUUACAACGCCAAAUACGACAUACCCUCGAAAACUGCAACGCUGGAAUUCGUAAUUGAUGUCUUUUCGAAAGCCAACCAGAAAAUUGUUGUUACUGGUAAAGCAGUUAAAAGAAGAAUUGGAAACUAUGGUUUCUCCGUGAGCAACGUGUUCGAAGCGAAGAGUCAGGGACUGAAAAUAGACAUCAAGUCUGAAGAAAACGUGCUAAUAGACUUCGUAGAAAAGAAAACGUUCCAAUACGACUUCAAAAUCAUUUAUAACCUGGACAAGGCGAAAUACAUUUCUGCGUUGCAAGCUGAAGCGGAUCAAAAACACGCCCUACUUUUGUUGAGUACUUUGAACAAGGAAUUGUUGAAAGUCGAUUCCCGAUUCCAAUUAAACAAAAAUGUCCAAAUUGUCGACACCACCACGCAAAUAUUAGGAGUAAAACCUAUUGUCAGUCACCUGGAAGUCAAAAAUUUCAACACUGUCAAAUUCUACACGUCUCGCAAAGACAAUCCCAACGAGAAGAUAGAACUGAAUGCUGGAUUCAUACCAAGCCAAAUAUCUGACUUCCGUUUAGAAGUCAUCAAGAACGGCCAACGGAAAGACUUGCUCCACGCCAGCGUGAAGCUUGACGAAGCCAACUUCCUAAAAUCUGAUUAUGGAGUGAGUGCCGAAAACAUCAAACAACUUGUAUUGGUUCCCAUCAAAAACGACAUCGAGACAUUCUUGAAAGAAUCGAAAGCCACCUUGGAUUCCGCAACUAAGGAGUUCUCCGAUCAAGUGAAUCACAUCAACAGUAUCGCAAAGAAGAGUCUUCCUAAUUUCAAACCUUUCCUCGAAUACCACAAGAAGGAAUUGGAGAAACUGAGAGAGGAAUUCGUUUCCGACAAGACUCUUAAGGAACUUGAAGAAUUCUUCAAGAGCACCUUUGGAGCAGUUGUGAAGACAUUUAACGAGAUUUUAGCCCAAGUGAGCGACGUCACGGAGAAGGUUGUUGCCAACUUGCAGACCCAGUUUGCCCAAAUAACGGAGUCGAUCAACAAAGAUUUGUUGCCCAAAGUUAGAGACAUCGCCAAAAACAUUCUGGACGCUUCCUACACGAUCUUAGAACAAUUCACCAACUUGUUCUUCACGUACCUUGCGAAGAUCAGUCAAAUUAUUGACGCCCACCAGGACGAAUUGAAACAUAUCGCCACCUACAUCUCUUCGAUCAGCCAAGAAAUCGAAAAAUCUUCUUCUUUAGAUGUCGUCCGCUUUUUGGCCAAGGUGUUCGAACAGACCCGCGACGUAGUGGUUAAAGAAUCUCAACAGAUUUACAACGAAAUCAAGAACUUGCCCAUCGCCGAGGAAUUGAAGAACAGGUACAAUGAGAUCACUAGUGGAGUUACCGUUUCGGAAGGUAUUAUCAACACCAUUAAGGAUUUCGCUACCACUCUGAAGGACGCGCUACCAAACGAAUCUUUGAAGAGUGUUGUCACCGCAAUUACUGACUACAUUGAAAAGAAAUUGAAACGGGAACCAGUUGACGACGUAGCGGCUAUAGAAGCCAUCGUGAAGACCAUUGCAGAUGCACUAAAGGCUGUUCUUCAGUCAAUACAAACUGAUAAGGACUUCAGUUUUCCAACCAAAGCCAUCCCAGUGUCAUUUAACUUCAUCCACAACUUGCCACGUCUGGUAGCCGUUAAAUUCUCUCCAUUGAACUAUUUAUUGAAGAACGAUCUUCCCGACAUUGUGACUAGUUUCAGAACCGCAAUAUCCUUUGACUUACGCGACUUCAUAUUACCUCAACGACUAUUCGCAAUUGUGGCCCAAGGACAACACAUCUUCACCUUCGACGGUAAGCACAUCACGUUCCCAGGUAAAUGCAACUACCUUUUGGCAGGUGACGCUGAGAAUGGAAACUUCUCCCUGGUCGGAACGUACACCAAUGGUAUCCUUACUGCUAUCACCUUGUCUGUCAACGACGAGAUCGUUACCUUGAAGAAGGGACGUCAAGCCUUAUUGAACAAUGCUGCUGCAGAUUUGCCCAUUAGCACCCCGCACAUUAGCGCCUACUCUCUUUACGAAUCAGUCCAUUUGAAAUCCAAAGCUGGUAUCUUGGUAGUUUGUGGCCCAGAAUUGGUCGUUUGCGGAGUUCACAUUUCAGGAUUCUACCACGGACAAUUGAAAGGACUUCUUGGCAACGGAAACAAUGAACCCUAUGACGAUUUUACCCUUCCCAAUGGCAAAAUUGUGACGAGUCCCAAGGAAUUUGGAAACUCAUACAAGACCAGCGGCGGUUGUCCAGAUGUCAGUGAAGUAGGUCAUACAGACGCCGGUCACAAAUCACAGCCGUCUUGUGAAAAACUUUUCGACCUUGAGUCACCGCUACGAUUCUGUUCUCCAUUCGUGGAUCCUGCCAACUUCAAGGAAGCUUGCAAUCACGGACUUCACGCUGGAGUUCCUGACACCGAAAGGGCCAUUGCCGUUGCUUACGCUGCGGCUUGCAACCACAAAAACGUUUGGAUAAGGGUUCCCGAUGAGUUCCUACAAUGUCAAAACUCCGACAAGCCUUACGACGUCUUCACGAAGUUCAGCGUUAAACUUCCGGGCAAAGCAGCCGAUAUCGUCAUAAUUGUUGACCAAAACAAGAGUAACGAGGAGAUUUACAAGAACAUCUUGCAACCCCUGGUACCGCAAGUUGUACAAGAAUUGAACUCCAAAGGAAUCAACGAUGUUGAGUUCCAUCUGAUCGGUUUUGGAGGAGUCAGUUCUCAGUGGCCAUCGCACUUUACCCAUGGCGGAAAAUUGACAUUCAAGGGAAAAUUGCCGAACGUUAAAUUCUACGACCAGCCCAAGAAACCCGAGUUCCAGACCGGAAACGAAAAGGUCGAUUCGUUCUUGAAGACCGCUAAGAGUUGGUUGCACGAUUUAUCCUUAGCAUCUGGAUGCAACGUCGAAUUUGUGACGUACAAGGAAGCGAUUUCUUAUCCUUUCAGAGCGAACGCCGCCAAAGCCAUUAUCGUGGCACGUGGAACGCCAUGCGAACAAGGGCGAUUCGUUUUGAUACAAAAACUAUCCGCUUAUCUGUUCAACAGCAAAGAGUUAUCACUCAAUUUGAUUGUUCCUUUCCCCCAUUUGAAAGUAAAAGAUCCAAAAGAGGCCAAAAACGUGAUCGGUUUUAAUAGUCGCAACGCGUUUACUUUGAGUGACACGAAAAAGAAACAAGGAACCCCCGACUUGCACAAGCAACUCGAUUAUGACGAUUUCUGUGUCGAUUUCACAACUAAUCACCGCGGUAACGUGUUCGUAGCUAACAACAUUCUAGCUGCCAAAGCGGCUGCUAAAAAACAAGCUGUCCAGAUCGCAGCCCACAACAUAGUACAGUCGAUCACGAGCGUCGAACAGGGUUUGGACUGUGAAUGUAAACCUAUUUCUCCCUACAGUGCCCUUAACCAAUGCCACGUGGUGUACACCAAAGAUAGGAAAUGAGCCAGUCGCGACGAUUAGAUGAAAUUCACGAAGAAAGAAACAAUCCUAUUAAUUAAUCACUUUAUGAGUACCUAAAGUUAAUUUUAAGUGUCUUAGGCUACGAAAGCAAAAUUUUGUAAAUUUUUCUAGUGUCAGGUAUUGUAAAGUAAAAUAUUAUAUAAAAAGUGUA